CGUCGAGAGGUGUUUCGAAUUCGCAGCACCAGUUCAGGUGUGCUUGUCAUGCGGUGCACUGUACGUUUCGAAUUACCUUUCCGCGAUACACGAGGAUAAAUUUGUAUGUCGUGGAAGAAGACGCAUCUUUCGUUGUAAUGAGCGAGUCAGUGAAAGUGGCCGUGAGAUGUCGGCCGCUGAACCCGAGAGAGCUGCAACAGGGAUGCAAAAGUGUAAUAACGAUCGACUCUGCGUCGAAAUGCUGCACUCUGGAGUGUCCAACCGGUGGAAGCGGAAACGGCAAGGUGUACCAAUUCGACGCAGCGUUCGGUUCCGAGGCGACCACGGAAUCUCUGUACGAGAACGUCGGCUCGGUGAUCGUGGAAGCCGUUCUGAACGGUUACAACGGCACCGUGUUCGCGUACGGGCAAACGGGCUGCGGGAAGUCGCACACGAUGCGAGGAUUCAUCGAGCGUACGCUGGACCACGUAUUCGAAGCGACGUCGACGGCCAGCGCGGACAUGAGAUACCUGGCGCUACUCAGUUACUUGGAGAUCUACAACGAGCGAUUGAGAGACCUUUUACAAGACGGGACCAGCGAUCUUUUGACUCUAAAGGAGGACCCUCAUCGCGGAACCUACGUGGCCGGUGGUUUGAGGGAAGUGACGGUGAAGGAUGCUGCGGAGUGCACUCGACUGGUCGAGGAGGGAGACAGGAGAAGAGCCGCGGCGGCUACAAAAAUGAACGCUGCUAGUUCGAGGAGUCACGCGGUGUUGACCUUGUCGUUAGAAACAUUGGAGAUCAACGAUGAGAAUUGUAAGACUGAGAAUACUGUAAAAAGGGGGCGACUUCAUUUGGUAGAUCUCGCUGGAUCUGAGAGGCAAGCCAGGACUGGUGCCACUGGGGACAGAUUGAAAGAAGCGGCUAGUAUCAACUUGAGUCUCUCCGCACUGGGGAACGUUAUCAGUGCAUUGGCCGCUGGCCAUGGCAGGCACGUGCCGUACAGAGACAGUAAAUUAACGAGGUUGUUGAGAGACAGCCUCGGCGGAAACGCGAGGACCCUGAUGAUAGCUUGCGUAAGCCCCAGCGACGUGGACGCCGAGGAGACGCUCAGUACUUUGAGAUACGCGGCUAGAGCUCGGUGUAUCAAAAACAAGCCUGUGAUUAACGAGGAUCCGAAAGACGCUUUAUUAAGGCAAUACCAACUGGAGUUACAACGGCUUAAGAAAAUGCUCGAGUCGAACGAUCAAUCACUCUCUCGAGAGUUUCCUGAAAGAGACGAGGAGGACAGCGACAGGCGAACGGAAUACGCGCAGGAAGUCGAGAGGCUGAAAAAACAGUGCGAGGAUUCGAAUCUGUCGGCUCAGAAGCUACGAGAGGAAUUGGAAGCUCUGAAGAUACGAUACGAAACCGGUGCUGGUGUUAAUCCCAGCUUGAAGCCCGUUUCGGAACGAUCGAUGGACGAACAAGAUUUGGAGCGUGAAGAGCGACGAAGGAAGAAGCGCGAGGCGGCCAUGCAAGAGGUGAUGAAGAGAUUAGAGAAGCUGACCAUCGGCGGCGAGGCGCAAGGAGACGCGGAAUUGAGAAGGCGGCGAGAAAAGAGGAGGAAGAAGUUGGAAGCGCUCGCUUCGGCUUUGGAGUCCAGCGCUCAGGAAGGGAACGGAAGUGUCUUCCAAGUUUACGGUCAGCUUAGAUCCACGGAAGACGCACUGAAACGCAUGGCGAAACGGGUGAAGCAGCUGGAAAUGGAGGCGGUAGAUCUCCAAGCUUCUUGGGACGCGGAGCGUCGCGAUCUUCUUCGAAGAGAACUACUGAUCACGCAGAUCUGCGAAGCGAUGAUCCCUCACCUCCGACCAGGGUGCCCCUUCCGAGACGUCACUGCCGUCAGGGCAGAGGCGACCUGGUGCGACGAAUUGGGUCGCUGGAGGCUACCGCUGGAUCUAUCCACGCAAAUUCCACUCCCUCCGCCCACGUUGGUUCCAAAAGAUAGUAUACAGUACAAUGCAGUGACUUCCAAACCGGAUCUCAAUAAUAAUAAUAAUAGUAAUAAUAAUAGUAAUAAUAACGAAGAUGAAAUGGGUAACGAAGCCGACAACGAAGAAAGUAGCGAACAGGAAGAAGUGAAGAAACCAGAUAUUGCUGACACUUAUUUUCGACGGAGUAGGAUCGAUAAAUUAUUGGCACAUGUCAGAGAAGCGAAAACAUUCGAGCCAGGGAAUCGGCUGAGCAAGUCGGGCGGCUCGGAGGACUCGGUUCCACUCGGGUGCAAUCAUCAUCAAUUGAACGCCUUGAAUCUGCAAAGCAGCGCGCCAGUGAUCACCGAUUUGGACGGCUACAGACCUAGCCAGCGAGUGGCAACGGGGCGGAUGAUGGCUCGUCCCGGUUGGAUGGACGAGAAUUCGGUCAACAAAUGUUCAUUUUUUAAAAAGAAUCCUCCCAGGAUAUUAGAAGCCUUGCCCUCGUAUCCCCAAGGCAUGAACGGAGGCUUCAAGUUUGGGAACAAGCCCAGCUCGGAGAAGAUGUCCGAUAAAUUGUCGCCGCGACUCAUUCAGAACGAAGUCGUUGACGACACGACGUACGCUCGUCACGCUCGUUCCCCUACUUACUGAGAUUCAAGCCACAAUGGCAACGAUGAUGCAGCGCAGGAUUAGAAUCGUGUCACUCGAGAUCUGAACGAGGAAUCGGAUGUUCCCGUAUCUUUUUCUGGCUCGACCAAAGGUGACCAGGUGACCAGAUUGAUAUCGCCAUUGAGAAUAUCGUAAUAAACAGCUAUUUACCUACGUCUGAUGUAAUUAAUACGUGUUCCCACGAAAUGUUUGUUACAUAAUCGUUCAUUAUAAUUCUUCACGGAGGGGCCUGAACAUCAAAAAUUUGAUCCUGCCUAUUUUUGGACGUUGCUUCAUUCCGUGAAAUCGGCUGAUGCGCUCCACGCAUAUUUUUUUACUUAAUGCUUUCAUAAAUGUCAGAUUGUCAGAUUGUUUAUUUAUAAAUGAAAUAUUAAUUAUGAUCGUGGCAGAGUCUCUAAAAAAUCGAUGAAGACAGGCUUGGCAGUAUUAUAACAGAGACGUAAAAGCGUCGUUUGUAGAGCGACCGAAAUCCGACGAUGUAAUUACACGAAAGAAACGAAAAAGAGAAAUUUCCUAUUCAUAGUCGGUCAUGCGAUGGCAGCAAGCAACGGUCACGGUUGCUCGUUCUUUGUUACGUUACAUUAUAUUCAAACGCUGGAUCGAGCAAUCAUGAUAUAUCGUUCCGCGAUAAAGAACGUUGCGAAAUGGCCACUCUCGAGAGAUUUAAGGUGUACGACCGACGGUUUUCACUUGACACACGCGCCGCUAAAAAGUGCCAGAGAAAGGACCAAACUCGUGUUUAGCCGACGAUACCGCGUACUAUAAUAAUCUGUAUGGAUAUUGUAAAAUCGCUGUACAUAGACUGUUGUACAAUUCCUACGAAAUCGUUGAUA